CUAAAAAUGACGUACAUUCUUGUAUUCACUUCACUCGCCCACCCACACGUUGAGUUUUGAUAAGGAAAGUAUUAGUUUGUAUUUAUUCUGGGCACGUUUUGUUACCAUAAUUGCCACAGUCCUCGGCUAUGUUGCGGUCGCCGGAGUAUGUGCACAGCAGCGGUUUCUCUGUGCCAAUUGUUUUGUGAAGUUGUGUGAUUGUAGACGGGCGUGAGCUUGCGAGGCACUUGCAUACAUGUUUUGUAAUUAAUUUGCACGCCCACUUCGCGUUCGACUGUGGUGGUUGCUCAGUGUAAGUGAUGGUAGUGAGCAGAAGGUAGAAAAAGUGUGGAUUGUUGUUAAAUAUGUCGCUGCAGAAGAGUGUUAAAAGUGCGGGAGGUGAUAGAAGCGAGCAGGGGGACACAACAUCGAUAUGUUCGUCGGUGACGACGCAGCCGGACAGGCACGGCUUCUUCGGAGGUGCUCAGUACAGUCCAGAACCCAAAAGGACUGUUUCGCCGAGCACGAUACUGAAGAGGGAACAAAAAUGGCUGCGCAUGCUCAACAAUUGGGAGGCGUUUAUGAGCAAGAACUACAAGAAGGUCAGGGAGAGGUGUCGAAAAGGUAUACCAGCAUCGGUUCGCCCAAAAGCCUGGCUCUACCUCUGUGGCGGGCAACUGUUGCUGGAAAAGCAUCCGAACGAAUACGAAGAGCUGCUGCAAGCGCCUGGAGACCCGAAGUGCAUGGAAGAUAUCAGAAAGGACUUGCAUCGGCAGUUCCCCUACCAUGAGAUGUUUAUCCGAGAAGAGGGUCUUGGACAACAGGAGCUGUUCUCAGUACUGAAGGCGUAUUCAGUGCUGAACCCCAAGGUCGGGUACUUCCAAGCGCAGGCACCAGUAGCCGCCUUCCUAUUGAUGCACAUGCCGGCUGUCCAGGCCUUCUGGUGCCUCGUCAGCAUCAGCGAUAAGUACCUCAGCGGGUAUUACAAUCCGGGACUUGAGGUCCUUCAACGCGAUGGUGAUAUCCUUCACGCCCUCUUACGCCGCACAGCGCCGGCAGUGCACCGCCACUUGGUGAAGCAUAAAGUGGAACCCGUGCUGUACGCCACGGAGUGGUUCCUCUGCGCUCUCACUCGUACGCUGCCCUGGGACAGUCUACUCAGGGUCUGGGAUUGCUUCCUGUGUGAAGGAGUUAAGGUACUAUUCAAAGCAGCGCUAGUGAUCUUAGCCGGCGCCCUAGGUCCGGCCAAGGUGCGUAAACGAGCGUGCGGUCUAUGCGAGACCUUGGAAGUACUGCGCCACCCUCCCGAAGGUAUACUGGGAGAGGACUACCUCAUGUACCACAUGCAACGACUCAACCUCACCGAGGAGGACUUUGAGUUCGAGCACCAGCGCCAAACUGCUAGGCGGCGUGCCAUGCCUAACAGAAGUGGCAGCUGAUUCAGCGACUGUUCCUAUAAGCGUUAUUCCAAGAAUAACGCGAGGGAUCUGUUCAAUACUCUGUAAGUUGAGUGCAUGGACUUCUGACAAUAAGACAGUUAGGUACGCCAGCGGGCCGUACCAGUGCUUUGUGAUAGUGAGCGUAAACGACGCACGACCAACUGACGACUGAGUGCAUUAAGUCCGGUAGAAUUAGCGACUUCAACUCGUCUUGUAAUAUAACCUAAAAUAUAACAUUAGUUCUCGAUUCAAUGUACAGAUGUCGCUAGGUCUGAGCUUUGUGUGUGAACUCUGACGUCAUAAUACGGCGUCCUGAUUGGUCCCUUCUGCACCGUGAACAACGGUUUCGCAUUUCAAAUUUGAAAUGCAGAUAACUUCACUCCGGUUCUAUUUUUUUUGUUUGUCGUGCAAAGCUCAUAUCUUUAAGCGAAUGAUAAUGGUAAUUUUAAAACGAGUUUUCAGUGUAAAAGUAUUUAAUUCCUUGAUGAAGCGAUUAUUGUAAAAAUGUGUGUCUUGCUAGUUGUAAAGUUGACUUAGUAGAUUUUGAUUCUAGAUAUCAUGUAAAGUUUAGCUAGGUAUGUAGUCUUUGAUGAAGUGGCAAUACGGCUGCGUCUAUCUUUCUUAAAUAAUAUUGUAAUAAACAAUAUAUUUUUCCCUAAAAAGAUUCCUUUUUCUUUUUCAAAACAUCAUUAUAUUCUCGAACACAAUAUGUUAAAUCUGCCCCAACAUUUACGGUUUGAAUGUAAUAUUGUUCAGAUAAACUAAUAUGAACUCAACUGUAUUAUGUAUAUGGUUUUGUUUUAAUUACAAUUUAAAUGUGUGAUGGCAGCUUUUUAGACCACAAUACUG